AUGAGUUAUGGAGUCUCCAACUUGAUGCUCAUCGUGGGUUUCAAGGAAGGAGUUCAGCUUAGGCUGGGAGGAGAGCCCAGGCAGCAAUGCAAGCAGUGGGAAGCAGCUGCAAACACAGAUGAAGCCUCCUUCACUUGCCCACCACCCACCCCUCACUGCAUGGCUAGGGAGAAGCCCUUAACGGGCCACAGACAUGCACUGAUCUACGCUCAGGGCUUGGAGAUCCCUGAAAUCACAAAAUUGGGCAGAGCCGGUGCCAUGGCAGCCGCCGAGCCGCUGUCGCGCUUUGAGGAGAGGGGAAAGAACAUCGUCUGCGUGGGCAGAAACUACGCAGACCACGUCAAGGAGACGCGCAGCGCCGUGCUGAGGCAGCUAGUGCUCUUCCUGAAGCCGUCCGCUGCCUUAGCCACCGAGGGCGCCCCGAUCCUGCUUCCCGUCCACAUCCGCAACCUGCACCACGAGCUGGAGCUGGCCGUGGUGAUGGGCAAGCUGGGGCGCGCAGUGCCCGAGGCCGAGGCCAUGGACUAUGUGGCAGGCUACCUGUGCCUGAACAUGACCGCCAGAGACGUGCAGGAUGAGUGCAAGAAGAAGGGGCUGACCUGGACUCUGGCCAAGAGCUUCACGGGCUCGUGCCCCAUCAGUGCGUUUGUGCCCAAGGAGAGGGGCCCGGACCCUCACCAGCUGAAGCUUUGGCUGAAGGUCAACGGCAAGCUCAGGCAGGAGGGUGACACUUCCUCCAUGAUUUUCUCCAUCCCGUACAUCAUCAGCUACAUUUCUAAGAUAAUGACCGUGGAAGAAGGGGAUACCAUCUUGACUGGGACGCCCAAGGGAGUUGGGCCGGUUAAAGAAAACGACGAGAUUAAGGCCGGCAUACAUGGGGUGGUCAGUAUGAGAUUCAAGGUGGAGAGGCCAGAACGCUGA